AUGGCCACCGUUGUCGCCUCCUUCUUAGGCUACACAGGUUAUGAACAGAUCAGCAAUAAUUGCAAAAUUAGCAAUGAUACCCAAAAAAUCGACUCACCAGAUGCAGUCAACGUGGACUCGUCAAUUGAUCCAUUACCCGUGACCAUCGAAAAGCCAGUCACUCAGCCAUUUCAGUUGAUAGGCUAUGGAAUUCGACAAGUCACAUUUCUUCACAUGAAUGUGUAUGCUUUGGGAUUAUAUAUUGCCAAAGAAGAUUUGUCGUUGGUUAAGCAAAUCUUCAAUUCCAGAUACCUCGAGAGUUUGUACGAGAAGCCGAAUCCGGAACUAUCCCAAAAAGAGGCACUCGAAAAGGCACUCGAGGACAAUAAAUUGUCCACCGUUUUGAUAGAGAAUCUACUCAAUGCAGGUGUCAGAUUUACUGCGCGUAUUUGUGCAUUACGUAACACUGAUUUAAGUCAUUUGAGAGAUGGUUUUGUAAGAACCAUUAAGAACAGCGACAGAUAUAAAGAGAUCAUGAAGCAGAAUGAUGAACAAUCGGAAAAAUUGGCCAAGGGAGUAGACGAAUUACGCUCAGUGAUGAAUAGCCAUCGCAUGAAAGCCUACAGGAACUCGAGAGUAUUUAUGGAAAUUAUAGAUCAAGGUAAGAUUCGGAUCUCGGUGAAAAUCUGGGAUAGAAAUCAUUUCAGGGAUCCUGUUGUCAUGGGAAUCGUGGAAGAGCCACUCGUUUCUAAACUAUUAUUUUCUUGUUACCUUAGUGGGGCAAAUCCCUUAGUGGGGAAUGUUAGGAAGACAGCUGCAGAAAAUUUAGUGAGCAUGUUCUAA